AUGGAUAAGUACCUUUCAAACGAGGUGCCAUCCAUCCCAAUGAUAGCAGACAAGAAGUACCGCCGGGAGAGUGCCUCAGUGGUGGAUGAGUUCUUCUCCACGGAGAAGCCCACUUCUACGCCGUACAGCGUGAACAUCAAUGUGAUUCUGCCAGACACGACGCACCUGCGCACGGGACUUUACCGGCCACCCAAAUCCAUGACGCCAUUCCCACAGAUCAAAACAGAGCCUGGCACCAGCUUCGCCCAGCCCUGCUCUUCCGCCUCUGGCUCCACACAGACCCUGCCCGACUUCACCAGCGUCUUCAGCAUGCCCCAGUCAGUGGCAGUGAACAACAUCUUCAUCAAGCAGGAGAUGCCCUCUGAGAUCCCCUUAUCCACCAAUCCACAGCAAUCCCAGCUUUACCAGAUGCCUCUUGGCAACGGAAGCGCUGACAUUACCACUCUGACGUCCUCCUCCCACAGCACCACAGCCAUCAACAGUCUCAGUGGUGUCACCAUGUCCACAGGUAACACCAUGUCCAGUGUGGGACAGGGGAACUUCAACAUCUCAGGGCAGUUCUACGCUGUUCCAGGGGUGAACCUGCCCCCUUCACCCCCCAACUCACAGCCUGGCAGCCCAGAAAAUCAACCCGAGCUCAUCAACACCAUCUCUCCCCCACCAUCCUAUGAAGCCACUUUUGGACUGAAGUUGGUCCAGUCAUCCCAGGUUCCCCCAGUCCCCAAUGGCCUUGGGACCCUCUCCCAAGGGCACAUUGUCAUGCAGCCCCCCAAAUACAACAGACGCAACAACCCUGAGCUGGAGAAAAGGAGAAUCCAUCACUGCGAUUACCCAGGUUGCUCAAAAGUUUAUACCAAGAGCUCCCACCUGAAGGCACAUCAGAGGACUCACACAGGUGAGAAGCCCUAUAAAUGCACAUGGGAAGGCUGCGACUGGCGCUUCGCCCGCUCCGACGAGCUGACCCGGCACUACCGGAAGCACACGGGUGCCAAGCCCUUCAAGUGCCUAGCCUGCGGCCGGUGCUUCUCCCGCUCCGACCAUCUGGCUCUCCACAUGAAGCGGCACCAGAACUAG